ACAUGAGUCUCAUUGUCUUGAUGAAGGUUAAAACCCUCACAGCGCUGAUCCUCCAGAACCAGUCCUGAGUCUGAUUCUCUGACAUCCAUGGAGACGUUUUAUCUCUGGGUUAACUUCCUCAUUGGACUCUUACUGUCAGAAAUCUGUCUGAGAACAUCUUUAGCAUUCCCACCAGCAUAUCACACACAGCAGCAGCAGCAGCAUGCUCCACAAACCUCUCAGAGCUCCCAGCACUCCUCAGAAAAGUCUCUGUCUGAGGAGCCAGAGCGGGUAAACACGAUCAGAGCGGUCUGCCAUCCAGACUCUCUGGAGGUCAUCAUCAGUUCGGACAUGUUUGGAGUCGGAGCUCCUGUCAACAGUGGAGAUAUCAGGCUAGGAGUGGAGCAUGAUGGGUACUGUACAGCUGAGGCAUCUUCAGGAGAUGAGUACAGGAUCCUGGUUGGACUUUUGGACUGUGGCACCAAACACUGGAUGACUGAAGAUGCUUUAAUCUACACAAACCUUCUCAUUUACUCUCCUGAAGCCUCUCCUGAUGGACUCAUAAGGAUGGACGAGGCCGUGAUCCCCAUCGAGUGCCAUUAUGCAAGGAAGUACAGCUUGUCCAGUUCUUCUCUCACACCCACCUGGAUCCCGUACACGUCCACCAAAGCUGCAGUGGAAACUCUGCACUUUGACCUGAAAAUCAUGACAGAUGACUGGCUGUAUGAGAGGAGCUCUAACGUGUUUUACCUCGGGGAGCCCAUCAGUAUGGAGGCCUCGGUCAGAGUGGGACAUCACAUGGGGCUGCGGGUGUUUUUGAGCAGUUGUGUGGCCACGCUUGAACCUGACAUCUACUCUGAGCCGAGAUAUGUCUUCAUAGAGAACGGGUGCCUCCUUGACUCUCAGCUUCCAGGUUCCAGGUCUCACUUCUUACCCCGAACUCAGGACGACAAACUCCACCUGGUCAUCGACGCCUUCAGGUUUCACGAAGAGGACAGAGGAGAGCUCUACAUCACCUGUCACAUGAAUGCUGUACCUGUAAACGAUGCAGAGGCGCCAAAUAAAGCAUGCACGUUAAUCAAUGGAAGGUGGAGGUCAGCUGAUGGUAACGACUACCUAUGUGGACAAUGUCAAAACCAAAAUGAAGUCGGACUGAUCGGCAGCAGCCUGGGAAAGUUUGGUCCUCGUGGGUUUGGAAGGCCAAACAAACCUGAAUCGUUCUGGAGGAGCGGGAUGAUGUCCAAUAAAGCUUUGGAACAAGAGGCCAAAGUGGGUCCGAUGCUGGUGCUGCCAGGUAGUAAGAAGAGUGGGCCGAUACCUGAUGAAGAUCUCCCUCCUCUUCUAUUUAAGAUCAGCAGACCUGCUCUGUACAGCAGCCAGUGGAGGAGCGGAGUCAACGACAGAAGAGUUGAUGCAGAGAAAGGUUUACUUCCUGAUGAAGAGACCGAGGAUGAGGACGAGCAGACUUCUGAUUCAGAACCAAAUAAAGCCCUAGAAAGUGGAGAAGAUUGGGAAGAUGAGGAUGAAGACUAUGAUGGAGAGGAGGGUGAGGUUGCUGCCCCCUUAGAGAAGAUCAAUCCUGAGCUGAGUCUGAAGUCAAAGUCAGCAGUGAUCAUCACAAACAGCACAGCGGCUCCGACCACCACCACCACCACCACUGCUGCAGCAGCUCUGUCUACUGAUGUGACUCUACAGAUCAACACGACGACCACACGACCUGAACUUUCACACACACACGACCCAAAAAGAUAAUAAACAGUUAAGGAUG